UUCCGCUCGCGUGAAGAGCGCCCUGCACGAGACCCCGCCGCCUCCUCGGGCCUGAACCAGAACCCGCCCAUGAGCCUCGCGCCCUGGACCGGGUCGAAAUUGUAGUCCCAGCCCCCGAGCCUCGCGGAGGAGGGGUCAUGUUCACUGCCGGCCCCACCCAGGUCCUUCUGCAGAGGGAAGGUCACAUGGACACUGGUUGCCCUGGAGCCUGUCAGCGCCACACAGGGGACUCUGCUCACCAUUUUAGUCUCAGGACCAAGUGCCAAUUUUUUAUUCAUGAAGUGCCAGGCCCUGUUCUAGAUCAGCUGUGCCUGAGACCAGGCUGGCCUCAGAUGCUUAAACUUCACGAACAAAGCCGGGCUAGGGUAGGUCCACAGACCCUGAAACCCCGUGGACUCCAUUCGUUCAUUCAGCAGCUGUUUAGUGAUGCCUACUAUGUGCCAUGCGUUGUGCCAGCCUGUCAGAAUACAGAGAUAGGCCAUGUCUACUCCAACUGAUGAGACUGCAGGAGACCUGCCUGUGAAAGAUACGGGUCUAACCCUCUUUGGGAUGGGAGGGUUACAAGAAACUUCAGCAACUCGGACAAUGAAGUCUCUCCAGGCCGUGUCGCGUAUCAGUCGAGAGGAACUGGAAGACAGAUUUUUGCGUUUGCACGAUGAGAACAUUUUGCUUAAGCAGCAUGCCCGCAAGCAAGAGGAUAAAAUUAAAAGAAUGGCCACCAAGUUAAUACGGCUAGUUAAUGACAAGAAAAGAUAUGAGCGGGUUGGUGGCGGCCCCAAGCGGCUGGGACGAGACCUGGAAAUGGAAGAAAUGAUUGAGCAACUGCAAGAGAAAGUUCAUGAGCUUGAAAGGCAAAAUGAAGCCCUCAAAAACAGGCUGAUUUCAGCCAAACAACAGCUUCAGAUCCAGGGUCACAGGCAAGCUCCAUACAAUUAUGUACAGUCUCGUAUUAACACGGGGCGGCGAAAAAUAAAUGACAAUGCGGGCCCGCAGGAAGGCCCCCGAAAAGGUAUUAGAUUCCAAGAUGUAGAUGUAGCAGAAACUCUUCAGCCCAUGCUUACAAAAUAUGGCAACAGUUUACUGGAAGAAGCCAGAGGAGAAAUAAGAAAUUUAGAAAAUGUGAUUCAGUCACAGAGAGGCCAGAUAGAAGAACUAGAACACUUGGCUGAGAUCCUAAAAACUCAGUUGAGGAGGAAAGAAAAUGAAAUUGAGUUAUCUCUUCUUCAACUUCGAGAACAACAGGCUACAGAUCAAAGGUCAAACAUUCGGGACAAUGUAGAAAUGAUUAAACUUCAUAAGCAACUCGUCGAAAAAAGCAACGCUCUGUCAGUAAUGGAAGGAAAAUUUAUUCAGCUUCAAGAGAAGCAAAGAACUCUCAGGAUUAGCCAUGAUGCCUUGAUGGCAAAUGGGGAUGAGCUAAAUAUGCAACUCAAAGAGCAGCGCCUAAAAUGCUGCAGCCUUGAGAAGCAGUUGCACUCCGUGACCUUUUCUGAAAGAAGAAUAGAAGAGCUGCAGGACAGAAUUAAUGAUUUAGAAAAGGAACGGGAACUUUUAAAGGAAAACUAUGACAAACUUUACAACAGUGCCUUCAGUGCUGCCCACGAAGAGCCAUGGAAGCUGAAGGAGCAGCAGCUCAAAGUGCAGAUUGCUCAGCUGGAGACCGCCUUGAAAUCUGACUUAACAGACAAAACUGAAAUCCUUGACAGAGUAAAAACUGAAAGAGACCAAAAUGAAAAACUCAUUCAAGAAAAUAGAGAACUGCAGUUACAGUAUCUGGAACAAAAACAACAGCUUGAUGAACUUAAAAACCGCAUGAAGUUUUACAACCAGGAGGGUGACAUUGAUGCUGAUGAAUUGAGUGAAGCGCUGCUGUUCCUCAAGGCUCAAAAAUCACAAAAAAAUGGAGAUCUCUCCUUUUUAGAGAAAGUAGACAGUAAAAUUAAUAAAGAUCUAGAACGUUCCAUGAGAGAACUGCAAGCAACUCAUGCAGAGACAGUGCAAGAACUUGAAAAGACAAGAAACAUGCUAAUUAUGCAACAUAAAAUUAAUAAAGAUUAUCAGAUGGAAGUCGAGGCAGUGACCCAGAAGAUGGAGAAUUUGCAGCAAGAUUAUGAACUCAAAGUGGAACAAUAUGUUCAUCUCCUCGAUAUCAGGGCUGCACGCAUCCAGAAACUGGAAGCCCAAUUAAAGGAUAUUGCCUACGGCACCAAGCAGUAUAAAUUUAAACCAGAAAUCAUGCCAGAUGACUUGGUUGAUGAAUUUGAUGAAACCAUUCACUUAGAACGAGGGGAAAACCUCUUUGAAAUCCAUAUCAGCAAAGUAACCUUUUCUCCUGAAGUUUUGCAGACAUCUGGAGAUAAGGAGCUUGUCACUUUCUGUACCUAUGCUUUCUACGACUUUGAACUCCAGACAACUCCUGUAGUGCAAGGCCUUCAUCCAGAAUAUAACUUCACUUCUCAAUAUGUUGUUCAUGUCAAUGACUUAUUUUUGCAAUAUAUUCAGAAGAAUACUAUCACACUCGAGGUCCACCAAGCCUACAGCACAGACUAUGAGACUAUUGCAGCAUGUCAGUUGAGAUUCCAUGAGAUUCUGGAAAAACACGGUCGAAUAUUUUGUACAGCAAGUUUGGUCGGAACUAAAGGAGAGAUCCCAGGUUUUGGUACAGUGGAAUACUGGUUUCGAUUAAGAGUUCCCAUGGAUCAAGCAAUUCGACUGUACCGGGAACGGGCGAAGGCUUUGGGAUACAUAACCUCAAAUUUUAAGGGACCAAAUCAGAUGCCGUGGUUAAGUCAGCAAGCACCUAAAACCGCUCAGCUCAGUUCUACAGAGUCCACAGAUGGCAACUUAAAUGAACUUCAUAUUACAAUAAAAUGUUGCAGCCACCUGCAGUCCAGAGCAAGCCACCUUCAGCCACACCCAUACGUCGUGUACAAGUUUUUUGAUUUCGCAGACCAUGAUACAGCAAUUAUUCCCAGUAGCAAUGAUCCACAGUUUGAUGAUCAUAUGUGUUUCUCAGUGCCAAUGAAUAUGGAUUUGGAUCGAUACCUUAAGUCAGAGUCUCUGAGUUUUUACGUGUUUGAUGAUAGUGAUACGCAGGAAAAUAAUUACAUAGGAAAAGUCGCUGUGCCCCUGAUUUCACUGGCACAUGACAGGUGUAUCUCAGGAAUAUUUGAGUUAAGCGAUCAUAAAAAGCUUCCUGCAGGAACCAUCCAUGUUAUAUUGAAAUGGAAAUUUGCUUAUCUUCCACCAAGUGGAUCCAUAACAACUGAAGACUUAGGAAAUGUCAUACGUGAGGAAGAAUCAGAAGUUCAAAGACUCCUUCCAUCGUCCUCUGUCGGCACUCCAGUUGUAGCUCCGACACCUAAGCCGAGGCAGCGUUUAACACCUGUCGAAAAGAAGGUGUCUUUUGUGGAUAUCCCACCACCUCAGAGUUCUAAGCAAACAUCUGUAGAAAAGAAGGUAUCUUUUGUGGAUAUCCCACCACAUCAGAGUUCUGAGAACUCUACGCCUGAAGAUAUGAAGGAAAUUUCACCAAAAGUCAAACAUAAACCAAAAGUAGAAAUUAAUAUGCCAGCUGUUUCACAUGUUCCCAAGGUUUCUCAAGAAAGCGAUGAAGAGAAGGUAAAAGAGAAUACAGAGAAAAUGCCACAAGGAAAAGAUGAUGAUGUAUCUUUAUUAUCUGAAGGUCAGCUUGCAGAAGAAAAUUUGACUUCUUCUGAAGAUGAGACAGAAAUAACUGAGGAAUUGGAACAAGAAGAUGAAGAAGACAGAUCAGCUUCUGACAGUGAUGAGUGUGUUAUUCCAAGAGCUAUCUCCAAGAAUACCACACAGAACAAGCCCAUAGAACAGAACAUUUCAGUUGUCACAGAUGGCCUCAGUGAGAUAGAGCAAUCCUUUGUUUCUCCAUCUGAAAAAAUAAGGAUUGAGAUCAUCGCUCUAAGCCUUAACAACUCCAGGGUGACCAAGGACAGCACUAUACAGCGGCUGUUUGUGGAGUGCCGGUUCUACAGUCUUCCCGCUGAGGAGACGCCUGUGUCGCUGCCCAAGCCCAAGAGCGGGCAGUGGGUCUACUAUAACUACAGCAAUGUGAUCUACGUGGAUAAAGAAAACAAUCAAGCAAAGAGAGACAUCCUAAAAGCCAUACUACAGAAACAAGAGAUGCCUAAUAGAAGCAUUCGCUUCACUGUGGUCAGCGACCCUCCAGAGGACGAGCAGGACCUGGAGUGCGAGGACGUCGGCAUUGCCAACGUCGACCUCGCAGAGGUGUUUCAGGAGGGGAGAGACAUCCUCGAGCAAGACGUGGACGUUUUCGAUGCACGAGCCGAUGGCGCAAGUAUUGGCAAGCUCAGGAUAACGGUGCAAGCGCUUCAUGCCCUGCGGUCUGUGCACGAGGAAUGCAGAGGUGACUCGGAGGCGUGAAGGAAACUGCUCCAGAGGCGACUCCUGCUCCUGAGUAAAUGUUCCCGUGAAAGCUCUUAACUGAGAGUCUUGUAGUUACUUCGGUGCACACAAUCAUUCAUGGGACGCGGGGAGGCGGGAGGUCUGGGUUUGAGGUGUUCCGAGUUUUUGUAUGCUUUUUCGUUUGUUUAUUUUUCUACUCCCUCCUUCCCAUGACGGCCACCCCUCAGGACUUAAGUUCCCCACACUGGGCAACAGCUCCUCAAUAAUUUAUACCUCCAUGUUAGCAUGAGAACGCUAUCUGCAUUUUCAACGUUUUCUUAUGAAGAGCUGACAUGCAGUUCCCACUUUUAGUUUUAAUAAGCAACAAGCAUCAUCAAUCUUACCAAAGCUAUGAAAAAGAAAUACUUUUCUGUUAUCCCUAAUCGUCCCACUAAAUGGAAUGCUAUGAUUAGCCUCAUUACGAGUUUUAUACUGUGAAGAUUUUAUUAGAAGCAAUAUAUGAAAAUUACUUGGAUUAAUGUGUUAAUCUUCCUCUUUAAAAUGCUAAUAUCCAUUUUAUGCAUAUUAAAGCUCAGUGUGCAUUUUCUUUGAUGCAUGCAGUUUCUAUCAAUUAAAUAUAAGAAUGAGAUUUGGCACCAACUUA